ACCCGGCCCUUGUCGCGCACCUCCAGGUAGCCGAAGAUCAUGGCCAGCAGCUCCGGGAACAGACACGAGACGUGCGUCUCCAUCGCCCGGGCCCGGAUCGCCUCCGCCGUGCGGCGUCUCGGGCCCGGCGUCCUUGCGCCGCUCGACCCGGGCUCCGAGCCUCGGCGCGCCGGCCCCGCGCUCGCCCUCCGGCCCUCUCCCGACCCGGCCUUUACAUCGCCGCCGCCAGGGCGGGCUCGGCCAAAGAGAAGUCCGUCGGGCCUCGGCCGCGCCGCCGCCCUCGCUCCGCCUCCGCCUCCUCUAGCCGCGCCACGCCAGGCAGGCCGCGCAGCCGCCUCGAUCCCGGCCUCGGGCGGCCCCACGCCGCAUCAUGCUCAGCCCCGCGGGCGAGUCUGUCCUCGGAGCUCUCCUGCCGCCUUUUCCCUCCUUUGUCUCCCAGCCGGGGCGGGCGAGAGGAGGGCGGCCUGCCGCCAAGUUGCGACUCUUGCCGCCGCCGAUCUCGGGACCCGCCUCUGCCCCUCUUCCUCCGGUCGGCAGGUUCCGACUCGCUCGCUGCCUGCCGGGCCCCGGCGCCGCGUUCGAGUCGGGCGGGGGAGGGAGGAAAAGGAGGAGGAGGCUGGGCUGGGCCUGGUUGGGCUGCACCACACCUCCCUGCGCCGCCUGCGCAAUGGUACGAUCCGGAACACUCCGAGCCGUCGCCUUGACAACAGCGCCCCCUUCGCCCCCUCUUCUCCCUUUCGGCUGCCCGGAAGGAUUAACUCUUGCGACGCCGCGCAAAGCCUGGAGGGGACGGGUUCCUGCGCGGGACGCAUGGCAGGAAGGAUAGAUUUUCUCUGUCCCCGCGGUUGGCCAGGGGUUAUCCCGCCCGAUCUCGAGACGUGCUUUAACUGUCCCCAACGCGCUGUGACGUGUCAGGGAUCCCAGCUGAGUCUCAGCCGAACCGGGCAAAGGCGCGAGAGCCGCGGGAAGCGCACCAUGCCUGGGAUGCGAUUGCUCCUCCGCCUGGCUCUCCUCUGCGGCUACACGCAGCUCCUGGCCGAAGCCAGCUCUUGGUGGUCACUGGCUAUGAAUCCAAUCCAGAGACCCGAGAUCUACAUCAUUGGAGCCCAGCCAGUGUGUAGCCAGCUACCAGGGCUGUCCCCAGGCCAGAGAAAGUUGUGCCAACUAUACCAGGAACACAUGAUGUACAUUGGUGAGGGGGCUAAGAACGCCAUCAAAGAGUGUCAAUUCCAAUUCAGGCAGAGGCGAUGGAACUGCAGCACAGUGGACAACACAUCUGUCUUUGGCAGAGUCAUGAGCAUUGGUAGCCGAGAAACUGCCUUCGCGUAUGCUGUCAGUGCUGCAGGAGUUGUGAACGCCAUCAGCCGCGCCUGCCGUGAAGGAGAGCUUUCCACUUGUGGCUGCAGCCGGACAGCCCGACCCAAGGACCUGCCCCGGGACUGGCUUUGGGGUGGGUGUGGGGACAAUGUGGAAUAUGGCUACCGGUUUGCCAAAGAGUUUGUGGAUGCCAGAGAAAGGGAGAGGAACUAUGCCAAGGGAUCAGAAGAGCAGGCCCGUAUACUUAUGAACCUGCAGAACAACGAGGCAGGGCGCAGGGCGGUGUACAAGCUGGCUGAUGUGGCUUGCAAGUGUCAUGGAGUCUCAGGGUCCUGCAGCCUCAAGACAUGCUGGCUGCAGCUGGCUGACUUCCGCAAAGUGGGGGACUUUCUGAAGGAGAAAUAUGACAGUGCUGCCGCCAUGAGAAUCGGCCGCAAAGGCAAGCUUGAGCUAGUGAACAACCGCUUCAAUUCGCCCACCCCUGAGGACCUGGUCUACAUUGACUCCAGUCCGGACUAUUGCCUGCGUAAUGAGACCACGGGCUCCCUGGGCACACAGGGGCGGUUGUGUAAUAAGACUUCAGAGGGCAUGGAUGGAUGCGAGCUGAUGUGUUGUGGCCGGGGCUAUGACCAGUUCAAGAGUGUGCAAGUAGAACGUUGCCACUGCAAGUUUCAUUGGUGCUGUUACGUUAAGUGUAAAAAGUGCACAGAGAUUGUCGACCAGUAUGUCUGUAAAUGAAAGGCCAGCGAGAGCUACAAAUCUAUAUGAUAUAAAACUAUAUAAAUCUAUUUUAUAUAUAUUUCUAUAAAUAAAUUGAUGUUGAUGUUGAUGAUGAUGUAAUAAUUAUAAUUAAAGAAGCUUAUUUAAGAGACUAAAAUGCUUCCACUUAAACAAGUGAUGGGUCGGGCUGCUCCUUUUUAAAUUAUUUAGUCAUGGAGCAAGGAAAAAAAAAGACCAGGGAUGGGAUUUCUGUACUUGUUCCCUGCAACUCUUGAAACGAUUCAGCCAGAAUAAAUGAGAAACUUGAGGUAUGGGGCUGGCUCCAGAUGCUUUGCCACGGAAACAGUGAGAACGGUGGUGGUGGUGAUGGUGGUGAAUGUUCCUUCUGUUACUUGAUAGCUGAAAUUCAAAGAAUUACAUGUGUCUUGAAGGCACAGCCAGAGAAAGCGCUUCGGAAGCUCAGAUGAAUUUCCAAAAGGACAUGAAGCAGUUCUCUUUGCUUAACAAUACACAAUGGGAUGCCAGACUGCAAAAAAAAAAAAAAAAAAUAAAAAAAAAUGUCAAUUUCAAUGCUGAAGACCAAUUUCCAAGACAGAAUCCAUGCAAAACUGUCACAUAAGGGCCUUGAUUCUUCAUCAGAGGUUGGAAGAAAAACCUUUACCUUUGACCUGAAAUGUGCUGCUGCAUCCUGGUCUCAUGAAAACAAACCCUUUGCAUCUGUUUCUUCUCCCUUUUGUGGAAUCGGGUGGGCGGGAACCAGGUUUGAAGAUAGAAUUCUCUAAAGCUCUGAAAAAAAAGCCACGCUGUCAAAGUGGGAUGAUUUUCUUCAGUUGAUUGAUCUGGUUUUUGCUUGUAGAAAAAGAGCUGUCGGCGGGGUGCCUCCUGUGCCUAUGCGAACUGGAUGGAGAAGAGACUGUAUUCUGCCUAAGUGCCUUUGAACUUAAAAAAGACAGAUGUAUGUGAAAUUCUACAAGCACGCCAGGCUUUACGUGGAUGUGAAUUUGAAUAGCCAUAGGAGAGUUCUUUUUUCCAGUAUCCAAGAUGUACAGUUACUUUUUAAUAUUAAAUAUCCCCUGUUGUUGCCCUCUC